AUGCAUCAGAAAACAACCUUGCAGAAAAUGAAACAUCAUGUCCAGGUACCUUUGCCAUCUGCUGAGUCUAUUUUAUGUCAAUCAAUUACUAUUGAAAAGAAUUACUCGAAUCAUGAACAAAAUAAAUCUGUUAGAUACACAUUUAUAAAUGAAAAGAUUGAAAUUUCAGAAUGUAAGUUCAUCAAUGUUAGUACUCAAAGUGAUGAAGGUUCUGCAAUUUAUAUUGUUCGACCAGCAUAUAAAUAUUUUACUGUAGAUCCUCAAAUCAAGAUAGAUAAUAUUUUCUUUUGGAAAUGUCAAUCAGAAACUAGUCCAGGCGGCAUUUUUAUAGAUUAUAGUAGUUCUAAUAUCGAAAUUAAUCAUAUUUGUGGUAUCAAUGUCACUGGAUUCUUUGAUUAA